AAUGGGGCCACCUACCUUAGAGAUAUCUACUUGAAAGCUGAUCCAGAAUACCAAGGAAGAAUCACAGUACCUGUUCUGUGGGACAAGCAGUCGAAGACAAUCGUCAACAAUGAGUCCAGUGAGAUUAUCAGAAUGUUCAACACAGAGUUCAAUGCAUUCUGUAAGACGCCUGAACAGCGGGAGCUGAACUUCUACCCAGCCGAACUGCAGGCAGCCAUUGAUGGCGUAAAUGAAUGGGUGUUCCCCCAGAUCAACAAUGGAGUCUACCGCUGUGGGUUUGCCCAGAGCCAGGGGGCUUACGACAACACCAUCACUGAGGUCUUCCAGGGACUUGACCGUGCUGAAGAGAUUCUCAGCAAACAGCGCUACUUGACAGGGGAGCAGGUCACAGAGGCAGACAUCAGGCUCUUCACAAGCCUUGUCAGGUUUGACAAUGUCUACCACACACAUUUCAAGUGUAACCGACGUCAGAUUAUGAACUACCCAAAUCUGUGGGGAUACACCCGUGACAUGUAUCAGCUCCCUGGGGUGUCAGCCACUGUUGACAUGGAGCACAUCUUGAAACACUACUACGAAAUGAAGACUAUCAACCCCUUCGGCAUCGUUCCUGUUUGUCCACGUCCAGACUUCACAGCGCCCCACGACAGAGCCAAACUAUCAGCGUAGGAUGUCAGAUGGUCCAUAAAGAGAGCACAGCACUGUAUUAUGUCUCAACCCAGGAACAUAUUUUGAAGCCAUUGAAUGGCAUUUAGUACUGACAGACACUUCUUUUUCAUGAUAAGGAACACAAUGUUUCGGAGUAUAUUCAUACUGAAUGAAAGCUAGGAUGCAGCAUAUAUUUAUAUGUGAGAACAACAAAAGUUGGAUGGAUACAUAUACCCAAGGGAAACUGGUAAUUAAUUGGCACUGAUUGGUUAUAGCCAUGGACAAACGGAAACGAGGUGUAAAUUGAAUUCCUUCAAGGGAGAUUUUGUUCAUGUUGUUGAAAUUGUAAAUGCUUUGUUAAAAAAAGGAAAUUGGUAUCCUGAAUAAAAGAAUUUUACAAAUCCAA